AUGGCUCGUCGUUUCACCAAGGAAGAAAAAGGAAAACACCAGUUGGCUGAUACUAACGAACCUAUCAUCAAAAGGAUCAAAGCUCCAUAUGUGGAUACUGCAGCGCUUAUCAAAGAAAACGCUCUCACCCUCAUAGGCAGAGUUAUCAACUCACAAGAGCAGAGAAUAUCGGCGCUCAUCCCAGCUCUACCUCGAAAAUGGCACAUACAAGGAAGAGCAGUUGGGUCAGAUCUUGGUCAUGGCUGUUUCCAGUUCAGGUUUGAAAAAGAAGAAGACCUUGAGAGAGUUCUGGACAACAGACCUUACCAUUUUGCAUACUGGAUGGUCAUCCUCCAACGCUGGGAACCGGUCAUCUCUGCCACCUUCCCCUCGCAAAUCCCCUUUUGGAUCCGUAUCAAAGGGCUACCGCUCCACUUCUGGCACGAGGAUAUGAUAUGUGACGUUGGAAAGGAGCUCGGAACGCUGAUGAACCACGAACUCACCAAGACAUCUGCAAGAAUCAAAGUUCUGAUUGACGGUCUAAAACCUCUAGAGAAGAAAUACAUCAUUGAAUAUGAUUCAGGGGAAGAGAGUAUAAUCUACCUGGAAUAUGAGAAACUCGAGAAUCACUGCUCUUUCUGCCAAUCCCUCUCACACUUGAAGAAAGAUUGUCUCCACUACUUGGAAGGCAACAAAACCCUAACAAGCCAAAAGAAUCUCGAAGAACCUAAGAAACUAGAAGAUCAGAACAACUAUGAGAGAAGAGCAACUCCUAGCGACAGGAGGAAUGAGAAAAUCUACAAAGACAAGGAUAUGAAUCAACGUUACCUAAGACUGGAGAUGUCUGAUUACAACAAGGAAAGGAGCCCAAAGGUUUUCAACGACAGAGUGGACAGGCACGAUAAUAGCUUUGGAAACAGAGUUGCAACCAAACAAACCAGAGUACCUCCACCGGUCAAAGCGACGACUGACAUGGCUGACACUACGCAAAACUGGUGUAGUAGAACACACACUCAGGAAGUGGAAAACCAAGGUUAUGUCUCACCACCCUACACAAACAGGAGACAUGUUAGGAGAGAGAGGAACUAUAUGCGAGCUCCUUUACCCCAGAGAGGACUUAGUGAAUGA